CACUUCAAAGUAUGCAAUUUUAUGCUAACAUAAGUGAUUUGAGUCAUAGUAUUAUGAAGAAGGCCAAUAACAUACCAGAAAGAAAGGUUAUUGAAAGAAACCGGAGGAACAACAUGAAAAUCCUCUACUCUCAGCUGUUUUCUCUCGUCCCUGAUCGUUUUAAAUCCGAGGGAAACAUGGAAAUAUCUGAGAGGAUUAAUGAAACUAUAAAUUACAUUGAAAGCCUGAAAGCCAACAUUGAGAAAAUGAAGGACAAGAAGAAGAGUCAUGCGGCUUCAGCUUCCCAAUCGCUUGGUAUUCAAAUCCAUGAAAUGAGUCCAGAUGUAGAUGUAGUUAUGAUUACUGGAUUGAAAAAUCAUUCCAUUUUUUGUGACAUUAUUCGGGUUCUUAAUCAAUGUAGUGCUGAAGUAAGGCAGGCGAACUUUUCAGUCAGCGGACUUUGUACAUUCCAUGUACAUGGUAAGAAGAUUGAAGUCACAGAUAUAUAUAGGAGGCUAAAUGGAUUACUAACUGGAUCUUCCAAAAUCGAAGAACCAAACAUUCAUGUGCAAUCAUGCUUGGAAGAAGAAGGGAACUUAGAUUUAUGGGACUUUGAGAUCUGCUCCGACGUAUGGUUUAUGGGCUGACCUGCUUGGAAUGUUAUAUUUAUGGAAUCUAAUGCAUUAUAAUAAGCAUCACUAUGUGGAUCAUAGGAUCAGUUUCAUAGUUAUAUGGUAUUUUUGUCUUCAGAAGCUUGUGAUAUAUUGAAAACUUCUAAAGCAAUGUAUGUUGUAGACAAGAAGACUUAUAAUUUAGAGUAAAUUACAAGUUUUGUCCUUUUUGUUUGUACCAAA